CUUGACCUCCGCUCGGUACUUCCUUGGGAGGUGGCUGCCACCUACCUUAUGUACCUGAGUUCUGUCCAGACGGUCACGGCAGGUCGACUGAGAAGGUGGUUGACUGUUUCGCCCAGCCCAUGCCGUCAUGAAACACAUUCAACACGCUUCUGGUGCUUGACUGCGUCCGUGACGAGAUAAGAUGGUUCUCCCAUUUUUGGCCAGCCCCCGACGGGGACGGUUGCUUGGAAAUGCUAUCCUACUGACCACCUUGGUUCUCUGGCUUGGUUAUCGGACGCCCUUGUCGACUGUACAUGAACCGUUCGACUUGCACUCGGGUCUACCGCCCAAUGUGCCCAAGGUCCAGAAACAGAGCGAUGACCACACAGGACCUUCUCAGAAUCAUUCUGGCCAGGGGGUGGGAAAGGCUGAGAACAGUCUGUACCCGCCGUCAACGCCGGACAUUUUCAAUGAUAUCGACGAGGGCGAUGUCGAUGUCGUCUUAGCUACUACCUCCACCACCACCAUCAGCAGCCGCAGCAUCCUCAUCACCACGACGGCGGCCACAGAUAGCACCAGAUCAAACCCCACCCCGACGGUGCAGUGUCUCGACUUUGAGACGCUGCAAAAACAGAAACCAGGUCCUCUUUCUGAAGGCAGGCGCAAGUUUCCCUAUGUCCGCCCGCCGCCCGAGUGCAGGAAAUUCCGUCUCCCUGCUCUGGAGGCCUUGAUCGACCGCAUGAAGACGGUGAUUCGGGACCCAGACCUGUUCCGGCUGUUUGAAAACAGCUAUUCGAACACGCUCGACACCAUGAUUAAGUGGCGGGGCUACGCCAUGAAGAAGGACAACGUCACCGGCGAGGCUACCAAGACAGACGAGGAGUUGACCUACGUGAUCACGGGCGACAUCGACGCCAUGUGGCUGCGCGACUCGGCAAGCCAGGUGUACUCGUAUCUGCCCCUGCUGGAGGCUUCCAAGGACCCAAACUCUCUCGCCAGUCUCUGGCGUGGAUUGAUCAAUGCGCACUCGCGGUACAUCAUCAUCUCGCCCUAUUGCCAUUCUUUCCAGCCCCCUCCCGAGAGCGGAAUCGAACCUACACGUAACGGGGCGUACCACAACAACCACCCCAACCCGCCGUACGACCCGACGCUCGUUUUCGACUGCAAAUGGGAACUGGACAGCCUGGCCUCCUUCCUGCAGAUCAGCGCCGCGUACUACACCCGGACCGGCGAUCUCGACUUCUUCGCCAAGUACUCGUGGGUCGAUGCCGUCCAAGCCGCCGUCGACGCAUCUGCAGCCAUGCGUCUAGGCACCUACGACGAGGAGGGCCACGUGCUUCCGUCAGCGUGGACAUUCACCGGCUGGACGAACCGCGGGUCCGAGACGCUGACCAACGACGGCCUCGGCAACCCGGUCAAGGAGAACGGCAUGGUCAGGUCGGCCUUCCGCCCGAGCGACGACGCGUGCAUCUUCCAGCUGUUGACGCCGAGCAACAUGAUGUUUGCGGCCUACCUGGAGCAGGCGUCUCACAUCAUGCAAGAGCUGGCGGAUGGUCGUCUCAGCGACAAGGCGGCCAACCUGACGACAGAAAUGCGCAAACUCGCCAAGGGGAUCCGCGGGGGCAUCGCACUCGAUGCAGUCGUCACGCACCGUGACUUUGGCGAGAUAUUCGCGUACGAGGUCGAUGGCUACGGCGGCGCGAACCUGAUGGACGAUGCCAAUGUCCCGUCACUGCUGGCAAUGCCGCUGUGGAACUACACCCUGCCUGCAAAAGCGGGUAAGAAGCUGGUCAAGUCUGUGAAACACAAUCCUCGGGACGAGGCCAUCGCAACAGACACAAGCGAGGACGCUGAACCAUCAAUGAUAUCCCACAGCCGAUCCAGGAGGCCCGCCUCAACAGCAGGCGACAGCGAUACGACCACCAAGAGCUCGAACUUGGCAUCCUCCCCAACCGAAAACGAACACGACUACGCCAAAAUCUACCAAAACACGCGCAACUUUGUCCUGAGCAUGGCCAACCCCUACUUCGCCAAGGGCCCCGUCCUCUCCGCCGUCGGCGGCCCGCACCUCGGGCCCGGCAAAGGCUGGCCGAUGGCGGCGAUCGUCGCGGCGCUGACCGCGUUUGAGGACCUGGCCGGCUUUGCGUCGCUGCGGGAGCGCGACGAGGCGGUCACCGAACAACUAUAUGCGGUACUCAACUCGACGGCGGGCACCGGCGUUGUGCACGAGACGGUCAAUGCGUGGAACGAGGCCGACUGGACCCGGUCUUGGUUCGGGUGGGCGAACGGCUUGUUUGGCGAGCUGAUUAUCCGGAUUGCUGAGGAUGAGACGCGGAGGGGGCUACUGGGGACCAAGGAGGGUUUGUUGGGGCGGUCGUGGCAGUAUUAGGUGCUGAGUUGGAUGAUCGAGAUAGAUUUCCGCCGAGUGAGGUGCUUCUUGUCGAGCGUGUUGGGUCUGGUCUCCUUUUGUUACAAAUACCGGGUAUUCGUUUGGCGUUGUUUUAUGGUUCUUCUUUUUGCCCCUGAUGGCUGAUACCUGUGUGUAAGCCUGCCCAGUUGUAGCUCUUUGUUGUUGAUGGCUGCUCAUAGGUCUUAAGAUUUUGCAUUGUCUAAGAAAAGUGGCAUAUCUGGGACAUCCUCUUGACGGACA